AUGUCAGAAACACAGCACCAUGUCCAUGUUCACAUUGAGCAGGAAAACAUACAAACAGCCAGCGAUAUGGACCUAUUUGAUGACGACGAUAUGGAAGACACCGAGAGUCAGACCAGAUCCCAGUUUGACACACCAAAAUAUGUAGUAUUGCAAGAGGCCUCCGCAAUGGACUUGGACGAUGCAACAAGCCAGCCCCCAACAAGGACCGCUCUGCCCGACAAGAGGGAAAAGCGAGUCGCCGAUUCGGUGCUGCCCAACAAGCGUCGCAUCAAAGAAGUCGACUACUCAGAGACACUACGUGAAACUGUGUACAGUCAGAAGGAACUGAUUCACAAUAUGCAAACACAAGUGGAAAAACAAAAAAUUGAACAUGAGCAAAACAUGAAUGAGAUGAAACAGCAAUGGGAAACAACUCUGAGAGAACGGCAAGAGCAACUAGCAAAGGCCCAGGAAGAAAUCGAAUUGGCACAAGAACAGGUGCAGCGAGAAGCAGAGCUGUGUGAAAAACUAGCCCAGCAUGAGGAAGAGUUGAAGAGAAAGACAAACGAAGAGGCAGAAAAAGAGAGCGAGCUGGCCAAGAUGGAACAAAGAUUUUCCAGGUGUUACAGGUCUCAGAAUGAGGAUGUGGAUAUGAACAUCCCCACUGUACCGGGAGAUGCAGGACAACCAUCUCCGUGUGCAAAACCAUGGCCAGGUACCUCGUGCUUGGAUGCAAUUAAGAGAAUAAAGAGAACUCAGGGAAUAUCGCACAGAGUUCGCCUUGUAUCGGUAGCAUCGGAGGUUGACGGAGAGGAAGUACCUCAACAACACUCGUCCAAAGAUGUACCACCGCCUCCACAACACAAUGCACAGCCCGCUAUGAUGAUGGAAGAUGCUAUUGUGAGAGGUGUAGAAGCCGCACUGAGACGUGUUCUAAUCGACAAAGAAUUUCCACUCACCAAAAAGCACAGUCCCCGGAGGAAAAAGGUAGAGGAAAAAGAACUCCGGCAAGAGAAGGCAGCCGAGAAAAGCUAUGAAAGAGACUUUCUUUUGGGAGAAGUGCGACGUCUCUUCAAGGACAUUUUCAGCAUUUCUCAAGACAGUGAUUUCAUGCUCCAUGAUCCAGCUAGUCAUGAGGACGUCUAUGCAUACGAAUAUGAAGAUGGCCCAGGUCCCAACUGCAAACAUCUCGCCUUUGAUCUUAAAGAAUUGCAAAGGAGGGGUGACCAAGAGAGCUGGCCAUUCAGAAGAUCAGAGGCAUAUUUUAGGGAGGUUCUUCAAGACCACUACAAGCACCUGCAUACAGUUUGGAUGGCUGCACAACCAAAGGUUACAGCAAAGGGCGGAUUGGAGACUCCUGAAGAGGUGGAACAGAGGCUGAUCACGAAGAAGGAUGAGGCUUUAAAAGUGACUCAUCAGACAACAUGUCAAAAAAAUAAAUAUCUUCGCAGAUUUACGGUUCUUAACCACCUCGUUAAGUACAAGACCAACGGGAACAAGGAAGACCUCCCGGCCUGGCAGUGGCUUCAGCGACUGGUAAGGAUGUUAGGAGAAGGUGGCAUGAGUUUGGAGGAGAGAAACAUCGAAAACGAUAUCGAAACAGUUCUUCGUGUCAAGAACAUGACUUGGCACCAUGUGAUCGAAUGA